AUCCAAUCAUAACCUAUACAAUAAAUUUCGCAAAUUUUGUCAUGUGUGUAUUUUAUAAUUAAAAUACAAUCUAUUUUUUUUACUUGGAAUCACACCAAUUCGUAUAACCAGGUAUAACUGUUAACUUAAAAAAUCCAUCUUAACUUAAAAAUGAUACAAGCGUCCAGGAACGUGGCACGUAUUUUACUUUCCACAUGGCAAUCUGUAUCUGUAACGCCAACGGCUGGUUUAAAGAUCUUUCCUGUGCCAGUAAAAUUUGGCGAUAUUGAAUACCCGGAGCGAGCAAGACUCAAAAUAAUGGAGAAAGUCCCACAGUUUCCCCCAGGAAUGCGUCCUCCCAAAAUGCAAAAGCGACUGAGAUACAUGCGGGGUCCAGAGCCGACGCACAAUUUUCUCAUGUACAGGCAAUACGGUAUCAUUGCUACAGGAGGAGGUAGAUUAAAACAUGGUCACUUCGAGAUGAUACGUCUGACAAUUGGUAGAAAACUCGAUCAAGAAAGGAUGUUUGCAAUUUGGCGUGUGGAUCCACCAUGGCAACCAGUUACAAAGAAGGGACAAGGACAACGUAUGGGUGGAGGUAAAGGUUCUAUUGACCACUAUGUCACUCCCAUUAAAGCAGGACGAGUCAUUAUGGAAAUUGGUGGUCACUGCGAAUAUUUUGAGGUAAAGAAAGUAUUGACCCAAGUAGCAAAUCAACUACCGUUCAAAGCCAGAGCCGUCAGUCAAGAGAUUUUGGAUAAACAGGCAGUUAAAGAGAAAUGGUUGGAAGAGAACAAUCAGCAUCUUUGGACUUGGAAAUACAUGGUCCAGAAUAACAUGCUCGGUUGCCAAAAAUGGAUAUCACCAGUUGAUAAAUUAUGGUUUAAUAAAUAUCUGUAAAUAACGAAAAAAAAAUCUGAAGAAGC